CACUCUAGCAGAAGGCAAAGCAAGCGAAGUGAGAUGAAGUUGCAAAGCACGAAAUGUCGCCUUUUCCUUGGCUUAUCCUUCCUUUUAGCGUUUGCAACUGGUUUUACGAAUGGAAAAACCCACUACCAUGAGUUCGAUAUUCAACCAACAGCAGUGAACAGACUUUGCAAAACCCAGCAGAUUAUGACAGUGAAUGGUCAAUUUCCAGGGCCAACACUGAGGGUACACAAUGGAGAUACACUAGUCAUCAAAGUGAAAAAUGCUGGCAAAUACGACAUCUCUCUCCACUGGCAUGGCGUCCGCCAAAUGAGAAACCCAUGGGCAGAUGGACCAGAGUACGUGACACAGUGCCCGAUUAAACCAGGAGGAACCUACACUUAUCGUUUCACCAUCGAGAACCAAGAGGGGACUUUAUGGUGGCAUGCUCACAGCAAAUGGCUCAGAGCCACUGUAUAUGGAGCCCUAAUUAUAUACCCCAAGCCGGGAUCUUCAUAUCCUUUCCCAAAACCUGCACGAGAGUUUCCUCUUAUUCUCGGGGAAUGGUGGAACAGAGACCCAAUGCAAGUCCUUCGACAAGCAACGAUAACAGGAGCAGCUCCAAAUGUGUCUGAUGCAUACACGAUCAACAGUCAACCUGGGGAUCUAUAUGGAUGCUCCAACAAAGAUACGACAAUAUUUCCUGUUGCAGCUGGUGAGACCAUUCUUCUCCGAAUCAUCAAUGCCGCACUCAAUCAACAACUCUUCUUUGCAAUUGCCAAUCACCAAAUGACAGUUGUUGAGGCAGACGCAGCUUACAACAAGCCCUUCACCACCAAUGUUAUUAUGAUUGCACCAGGUCAAACAACCAACGUCCUAGUCACUGCUAAUCAACCACAAGGUCGCUACUAUAUGGCAGCUACAGCUUAUGCCAGUGCUCCUGGGGUCGCCUUUGACAACACCACCACCACUGCAAUCCUUGAGUACAACUCUUGCAAAUCCAAGAAAGGAAGUCCUAUGAAACCUAUUCUCCCACAACUACCAGCCUGGAAUGACACAAACACUGCAAAUUCAUUCACAGCUCAAUUUCGGGGGAUUUCCACAGGGAAAGUCCCACUUGAGAUUGAUGAAAACCUAUUUUUCACAAUCAAUCUUGGGGUGAUCAACUGUGCACGUCCAAGUUUCCGUUGUCAAGGCCCCAACAACACCAGGUUCACUGCUAGCAUGAACAAUGUAUCUUUUGUAUUCCCAAAAAAGAAUUCCAUACUGCAGGCCCUCUAUCAAAAUACUCCUGGUGUCUUCACUACAGACUUCCCUCCGGUGCCCCCAGUGCAAUUUGAUUACACAGGCAACGUAAGCCAACAGCUGUGGACACCUGUACGGGGAACUAAACUAUACAAGUUGAAGUUUGGGUCUCAUGUGCAAAUCAUUUUACAGAACACUAAUAUCUCCGCAAUUGAGGACCACCCAAUGCAUCUUCAUGGUUACCAUUUCUUUGUUGUUGGCAGUGGCAAAGGUAACUUUGAUCCAAAAAGAGAUCCUGCAAACUUUAAUCUGGUUGACCCACCAGUAAGGAACACAGUUGGAACAACACCUGGUGGAUGGGUUGCUAUCCGAUUUGUGGCAGAUAACCCAGGGGUUUGGCUAAUGCACUGUCACCUUGAUGUUCAUAUUGGCUGGGGUUUGGCUAUGGCCUUCUUGGUUGAAAAUGGUGUUGGUAAGCUAAAUUCGAUUGAGGCUCCUCCACCAAUGCUUCCACAAUGUUGAAUACAAUAAAAUGUUUUGACUCACAUACGAACUUCCUUACCUGGAAGGAAUAUCAGGUUUCCCAAGUCAUCAGCUAAAGAGAGAUUCUUCAUCCAAAAUUU